GGUUUGGAAUAGACCAUCACAUAGACAAUACGAUCAGCUGGAAUGCACGAGUUAUAGAAUCGUGUUUCAAGACGACAAUCAAAUAGAGAUUUCUUUUACUAAGACAUGGGAUCCUUCUAAUGACAAUGGCGUUACUCUUCCUCUUAAUAUUGACAAAAGGUAUGUGAUGAUGAGAGGAGUUGAUGGGUUUUAUACAUAUGCAAAAUUUGAAAGGUUUCAAGGAUGGCCAUCUAUGAGCAUUGACCAAACAAGGGUUGCUUUCAAACUUAACCAACAAAUGUUUAGUUACAUGGCGGUAUCGGAUACAAGACAAGGAAUUAUGCCAACUGAAGAAGAUCGAAUUCGUGGAAUUUCUCUUGAUUAUAAAGAGGCUGUUCUUCUCACCGAUCCAUCUAACCCAUUUUUUAAAGACAAGGUGGAUGACAAAUACCAAUUUUCAAGUGAUAUAAAAGAUAACCGGGUCCACGGGUGGGUAUCCUCAAACCCGGCUGUUGGCUUUUGGGUCAUAACGCCAAGCAAUGAGUACAAAAUGGGCGGGCCACUCAAGCAAGAGCUUAGCUCUCAUGUUGGACCAACUAGCUUAGAAGUAUUUUUUAGUUCGCAUUAUGCUGGGGAAGUGUCAAUGAUGUUUGCAGAUGGAGAGCCAUGGGAGAAGGUCUUCGGCCCGACUUUCAUCUACCUUAACUCUGUUUCGCAUGACAUUAAGAACCCUGGUUGGACCCUUUGGGAGGACGCCAAAAACAGGUUGAUGGAAGAAAGUAAUAACUGGCCAUACAAUUUCGCGCGGUUGGAGUCUGGUUUUCCCGGUUCUAAGGAGCGUGGGGUGGUUUGGGGUCGAUUACUCGUCCGUGAUUGGUAUAUGAGCCAAGGGAUCAUGAAUGGAAGCUAUGCUUAUGUGGGUCUGGCUGCACCAGGGGAACCUACUUCCUGGCAGACAGAAAAUAAGGGAUAUCAGUUCUGGACAGAAGCUGACUCGAAUGGCCAAUUCUCAAUAAAGAAUGUCCGACCAGGGAACUACAAUUUGUUCGCAUGGGUCCCCGGAGUCAUAGGAGAUUAUCGUUACGAAAUUCAAGUCAAUGUCACUCAAGGUGGGAUGAUCGGGCUUGGAGAUAUUGUGUAUUGGCCGGUUCGGGCAGGGCCGACCUUGUGGGAAAUUGGUGUUCCUGAUCGAACCGCGGCUGAGUUCUACGUGCCAGAUCCAAGACCGGAGCGAAUCAACCCUGUUUUUGGACAACAAAAGGACAAUUUUAGACAUUAUGGAUUAUGGGAACGUUAUAGUGACUUAUACCCUGAGAAGGAUCUCGUCUACACUGUUGGAACCAGUAAUUACUCUAAAGACUGGUUUUAUGCUCAUGUUACUAGGAGAAAAGCAGACAAUUCACAUGUGCCCACAACAUGGACAAUUUUAUUUGAUCUUGUGAAUGUCAAUAAGAAUGGAACUUAUUACUUUCGUAUAGCUCUCGCAGCGUCCUCUCUAGCGCGAUUGGAGAUUCGAAUCAAUGAUCCGAAGUUGACACAAGCAGAUUAUUUGACGAGAAUGAUUGGGAGAGAUAACGCGAUAGCGAGACACGGGAUUCAUGGACUUUACAGGAUGUUGAGUUUUAAGAUACCCGGAUGGAAGCUUUGGUCCGGUAGAAAUGCCUUUUAUCUUACUCAGUCAAUAGGCAACAAUCCUUUCAGUGGAUUCAUGUAUGACUAUCUUCGGUUAGAAGGCCCUGCAUGA